AUGCCAGCGAAAGGGAGGACGUUUGUGCGCGUUGUGAAGUUUUUACUCGCCGGUGUUACGAUUUUCUGCUUUAGCUGGAUAGCUAGUGUGAGCGAAUGGCAUACAGGGGUACGGUGGACUAACAGAAGAGGGUACUCAGAACGAAGUAUGUCAACGAUGAGGACUAUAGUGGGCUACUCGGAGAAGAAGCAAGAGGAAAUGAAUCGGCCAACGACCGUGUCCUGCGACAGGCUUCCAGUUUUUCCGAAAAUUAAACAUUUUAACCGUACCUGGUCUCACAACAGCGAUACGCUGACAUGGCAGCGCGUGGCCGGUACACAUGUAUCGCUUUACUCUGCGUAUUACGACGAGCGUUCACCGCAGCGAUACGUUCGUAUCCUCGCUACGUUUCCUGGUCGCAAUUUUUCAUCACAAUACACGUUGUUUUGCCAGACUCGUUCCUCGAAUCCACAUAGCGAUUCUGUGGAAGUGGUUGCAGCAAAACCUUUAGAAAUUUGGUAUCACACGUGGGAUUUAGAAAGUCUAAAAAUAGAGACACCAUUACUUCUGUCUUGUCCUUUGACAGAAACUCUACAUGGGCCUUCAGUUGUUGCAGUCGUAAUGCAGCCCUGUGAUGACCCUACCAACGCAUUUGAGUUAAUACCUUCUAAAAACUAUAAAGCAAAACGAAUGUUCACCAUAUGUGUUAAAGAUAUGGAAUUUCACAAAGACAUAUCCCAAAACUUAAUCGAAUGGCUUGAAAUUAAUAAAAUGCUUGGGGUAGAUAUGAUAGAUGUAUAUGUAAAUAAAGUUACAAAAGCCACAGAAAAAGUGCUUCUGCACUACCAGAACGAAGGUUAUGUUAGGCUAUUUAAUGUUCCUAUUAAAGAUAACUCCAAAAGAACCUUAUGGCAACGUCGAAGAGACCAUGCCAUAACGUACAAUGACUGCUUAUAUAGGAACUUAGAACAGUCGGAAUUUAUUGUUCCAUUAGAUGUUGACGAAGUCAUUUUACCCAAGAUUGUUGACACCUGGCCCGAACUUCUUAUACGACUUCAACGUCUUGGUUGGAAUACAUCGCAUUAUUCAUCUAUUUUGAUAAAAAAUGUGUUCUUUUUUGAUUUCAUGCAAGAUGUUAAUAAAUACAAAACGAUCAAAUCUCAAGGCAUAAAAGAUGACACGUAUGAUAAACGUGAUGAUGUACGGAUAAAAGUAUCACCUAAUUUAGAAAUAGGUGAUAUUAAAUUAGUAUAUGAUUCAAAUUCAAACAUAGAUACUAUCAAUAACGAAUUAAACGAAGAAGACGAGGUGUUACAUGCAAAGUACAAAAGUAGGUGUGGACGGAAACUACCUACACCCAAACUAGUGAGUUAUGUGGUGAGCUCCGCAAAGAUAAGCCCAUUUGGCAUGUACAGCAAGAGCUGGAUGUCAACGAAAAAAGUAUUGACUGCAUUCAACCACUACCCUCUGUCAAGCAUCGGCCCUGUCCAAUCACCACUAGGCUGGUCAUCGCCCGUUAAAGAAGUUCAGCUUAAUCAUUAUAAGGAAUCGUGCAACACGACAGUCUUCGAGGAGUGCGCGAAGUAUGGGCGACGCGCGCGCAUAGACACCGCUGCACUACGCUUGAGCCGAAGGCUUACGAGAGCCAUAGCACAUGCCAUCUGUAUACCAAUAAAUAGUAUUUAA